AUGGGCCACCAAGCCGGCUCAGCGAUGGCGAUAGCGGUCAACAAAGCCGGUGGCCUUGGUCAGGUCGGCUCCGCAGGUGACAUGAAUGUACUUCGCGAACACCUGGACGCUGUGCAAGACGCGUUGCCGAGACAUAAUGGCGUUCUGCCCGUCGGUGUGGGCUUUCUACCUUUCAUUACAAAGCUCGAGGACGCACUGCUGGUCAUCGAAGCAUACCAGCCAGCAGUCGUCUGGCUGUUCGCGGCGAAGGAGACACCGGACUACGUCACCUGGACUUCUCAGAUCCGUGCUCUCAAGGCGCCUGUACCUCAGAUUUGGGUCCAGGUGGGCUCUGUGGCUGCUGCUGUGGAGAUCGGCAAGUCUUGCAGACCAGAUGUAAUGAGCAUACAAGGCUCUGAUGCUGGAGGUCAUGGUUACGAGAAAUCUGCUGGUAUCAUUUCUCUCCUACCUGAAGUCUCGGAUGCACUUUCUGCUGCAGGGCUCGACAGUAUUACUUUGGUAGCAGCAGGUGGUAUCACUGAAGCUCGGUCCGCUGCUGCAGCGUUUACGCUGGGUGCACAAGGCGUGGUCAUGGGCACACGAUUUCUCUCUUCUCCUGAAGCUCUGGUACAUCCCCUUUAUCGUUCAGCAGUCUUGGCAGCGUCAGAUGGUGGCACCCAAACCGCGAAAGCCAAGCUGUUCGACGAGCUACGCGGUCCUAACGCAUGGCCUAAUAUCUAUGACGGACGAUGCAUCGUGAGCGAAAGCUUCAUGGAUCACUCAGCUGGAGUGGAUAUUGAUGAGAUCAGACGAAGACAUGCCGAAGCUGUCAAGAUGGAAAGCCAGGGCUUUGGCGUCGAUGGCAAGGGUAGAGCAGCUAUGUGGGCGGGCACGGGUGUGGGUUUGGUGAGGAAGGAGAUGGGAGCCGGCGAAAUUGUGGAGAAGGUUCGACGUGGAGUCCAGCAAGUGCUGGAUAGUAUCUCGAUGUUGCUUGGGCGAGAUAUGGUCGACAAAGCCAAUACGAGGGCUAUACGUCGUUGGACGUUAUGUCCUCAGCGUCUGAACGCCGUCACAUAUAUUGUCAUCAUCAAAUCAAUCAUCUAUCUGUAUAUGAAUCUACGUCGAAGCAUCUCAUUGACCUUUCACAUUGCCGCUGUACGCUCUCGGCUUCCGGAUCUUCCCGUUGGUAUGUACUCCGGUGUCUUCAAUGCCAUUGACUAG